GCAAAAAUAUGUACAUUGAUAUAUAAAGGGUGGGAGAGGGGGAAGGAAAAACUAGGUACUUAAAGAAAUACGGAAUUUUCGGGGACUCAAAUACGUAAAAACUGACAAUUUAAAGUCCUUAAUGAAAUUCUACCUGGAGUAGCUGAGUAAUUACAAUUUUUACUCAUGCUAUAUAUUUUCUUUACCUUCAGAAAUGAUACCAUUGUUGAGGGGUUUGUAAUAGAGAAGGUGUACAGUAUGGGUAAAAGAUGUAAUUACUGAGAUGUCUCGUGUAGGAUGCCAUUUUGGGGAUUUGAAUGUGGUCAGCAAAACUCUGAACAAUUCCUGGUGUCUCCUCGGUUGAAGAGCAUCUAUCUUAACACGUGUUUUAAAACUUAAUUUUAAAUUGUGACUUUAUAAAUACAAUAUUUUAAACGACAAUCCCUCGCUACACAUCUCAGAAUUCAUUAGGUAUAAAAGGUUUAUUCCUUUAUCGUGAAAAGGAUAAUUACAGUACGUCUCACAAGUCCGCAUCACAAAUUUAAAAAUCGAGAAUGCGAGAAUCAACAAAGGAAUGGCUGUCAAGAAAGCUACCAUCACGAAUACGUAACCUCCAUUUUCUUAUCCACGCUAUAAGAUCUGAAGACGAAGAUUACAUAGAUAAUGUAACAACCGAAGAUGUCUAUAUUAAUGGCAAUUACUUCGAUGACGGAACUUCUCUACAUGUAGCAGCGCGAGUCGGAAAUUAUAAAAUAUUUCAAAAGUUGAUAAAAAUCGGUGCUAACAUACACAAACGACAUCCAAUAACUCAAGAAACAGUACUAGACAGUGCCAUGAAAUCCUCCAAUUGAGAUAUCGUCAAGUAUUUGAAAGAAAAUGGUGUAGCAAAAAAUUAUCGCAUUAAGAGAGCUGCAUUGCAAUUUGCCACCGAUGAAGGAACAAAAGAAGUCAUGACGUUAUUAUUGACUAACAAAGCUGACAUUAAUGCUAAAUCUGAUGACGAAAUCAUUCUUAUUAUUAAUGCAUUAGUUAAAUAUGUGCUUGAUCUUUUUUGUAUAUGUGAAGGAGAUCGUAACACUAAAACAAUUUUUCAUGCAGCUGCUGAUAUUAAAAACUACACAGAAUUGAAGAAUUGGCUAAUUUCAUUUUCUCGAAGAGGUGAUUUAAAAAAAAACAGCGAAUUUUUUUUGUACUUUAAAAGUCUUAUGAGGAGUCACAUGUUUCGUCAUAACCACCAUCCAAUUUUUGAUGAUGGUAUCGAUUCUAUUAGGAGGCACAUUGUAGAAUUAAUAACGGCGGGUUUUUAUGUAUCUGAUCGAAAUAUUACAGAUAUUAAUAAUACAAAAAGAUAUGAUAAUUAUUCAGCUGAAUGUCUGUUAGAAGUUGAAAAAAUGAAAAAAAAUGUGAUAGAAGGCAGUAAUAUCACAUUUAUAGAGAUUUUACAUAAAAAUGUGCGAUACUUGGCACGUUAUUUGAAGAUUGUUGAUUUAAACAAAAUAUUGAUACGUGAGCCUCAAUUUCCAGAGUACCCAAUAUAUGAAAAUAAGAUCUAUUUUAAAUUGUGGAAAACUCAGAUAAGAGUUAACUACGUAAAAGAUUCUGAGGAAGUUAUUUAUAAUAUUUUUUAUGAAUUACAACUUCCGGAUACUUUUAUCAGAGAAUUGUAUAUUUACUUGUCAAAUGAUGAUUUAAAAGAAAUCGUUGAACCCUCUACAUAGAUAAAAAAUAGCUCAUCAGGAGCAUCCUAUAAAUCAAAAUAAAAUGACCUCUGUAAUCUAUUUUCACACCGCUGUUUCCUUUAAAUAAAUUAAAAAGAAAAUGUAAAAUAAAUUAUACCAAAAUGUAUUCCAAAAUAUACUCAAAAUUUUAAAAUAAAAUUAAUUUAUAAAGAUUUACAAAUUAAUAAAAAGUUUAUUAUUAAUCACUUAGAUAAAUGAAUUUAUUUCGAUAGGUUUCUACCUAUGUAAAAGUCACAAAGCCAG